UGUUUACCACCUGUACGGAUGCCAAUUUCAGGGUCUAAAUACUAUUCUGCGUUGUAUUGUGUGUGUAUAUAUAAAUAAUUCCAUCUCCAAAACCCCUCCAUGUGAAAGCCCAAUUCCUCCUAAAUCUCUCUCUCUCUCUCUCUCUCUGAUAUAUUUCACCGAGCCCUCGGCCGACAGGUAAUACAUAAUCCUAUAUAAAGACCGAUAUUUCGGAGCUUUCGACGCCGGAGAGUACUGAGAGAAUCGGUUUCGGGUUUUACUAGUUUUCGGGACUGUGAUAUAUACGAAUUUAAAAAAAAAUAAAAAAUAAUGCCGAUGGCGGCUGGACCAGCUGCGUCGCCGACCGAUCGAGCUGCUCCGGCGGUGAUGGGACCGGCAAUGAUGCCUAUGCAAACUCCCAUGACGGUUAUGUCGGACGCGUUCGCUAAGGACGCCAUAAUCGCGUGGUUCCAAGGCGAGUUCGCGGCGGCUAACGCGAUCAUCGACUCCCUUUGCGGUCACCUUGGGCAGCUCAGUGGUGGGGGUUCCGACUAUGAGGCCGUAUUCGCCGCUGUUCACCGUCGGAGGCUUAAUUGGAUCCCUGUGCUCCAGAUGCAGAAGUACCACUCCAUCGCCGACGUGGCGCUGGAGCUCCGCCGUGUUGCGGCGAAGAAGGUGGAGGAAGAUGGCAGGGGCAGAAACGAUAUCGUCGAUGUUGAAGCUGGGAAAAAGUGUGAGGAGGUGAAGUCGUGUUUGGAUGAUGAGAAAGCGGAAGUAAUUAAUGAGAAAGUGGCGGAAAGCAUUGAAAAUGGCUGUCCUGAUGAGGUUGCCGAAGAGGGCGAUUCACCGGCCAGCGAGAUUACUGAUUCAGGAUCUCAAGAAGUGCAGGCGGAUUCAACAAAUGUUGAGAUAUGUUCUAAUCAUGAAGAUUGCGAGGCGCGUCGUGAUCAGAUCAAAUUGACAAAGGGUUUCUCAGCGAAAGAACCAGUGAAGGGGCACAUGGUGAAUGUUGUGAAGGGGCUUAAGUUAUAUGAAAACAUGUUCACUGAUUCUGAGCUCACCAAAUUGAUUGAUUUCGCUAAUGAACUCCGGGCAGCUGGCCAGAAUGGAGAGCUCUCAGGCGAGACCUUUAUUUUAUUCAACAAGCAGAUGAAGGGAAACAAGAGAGAGCUGAUUCAGUUUGGAGUUCCAAUUUUCGGACAUAUCAAAGAGGAAGCUACAAGUAACAAUCAAACAAGCAACAUAGAGCCAAUUCCAGCUCUACUCCAAAGUGUCAUUGACCACCUUAUACAAUGGCAACUAGUUCCAGAGUAUAAAAGACCAAAUGGUUGCAUCAUCAACUUUUUCGAGGAGGGAGAAUAUUCACAACCAUUCCUGAAACCGCCUCAUUUGGACCAACCCAUCUCCACUCUGCUCCUCUCUGAAUCAACCAUGGCUUAUGGACGCAUUCUAGUGAGUGACAGUGAUGGAAACUACAAGGGACCUCUCACCCUCUCGUUGAAGGAAGGGUCUCUUUUAGUUAUGAGAGGAAACAGUGCUGAUAUGGCAAGGCAUGUCAUGUGUCCAUCUCCUAACAAUAGGAUCAUCAUCACGUUCUUCCGAGUCCGACCAGACUCGAGCCAAUGCCAGUCACCAACAAGUCCUCCUGCCAGUGGAGCCAUGACUUUAUGGCAACCAGGGGUUCAGAGCCCUUAUCCAAUGGCAAAUGGAGCACUCAAUUGCUACGAGUCGAUGGAUAUGAUGCCUAAGUGGGGAGUUCUUCGUGCUCCAGUGGUCAUGCUAGCUCCUGUUCGCCCUAUGGUGCUGAGUCCCCGAAGAAUUCCUCGAGGUGGUACUGGAGUUUUCUUGCCAUGGGCUGUGGGAUCAAGAAAACCAGCAAAGCAUCUUCCACCUCGUGCUCAGAAAGGACGGCUUCUUGCAUUGCCUUCACCAGCUGAAACUCAUGUGAUGGAAUCAACUUCUCAACCAGGCAUCAAUGGAGAUGCAAAAGUGGUAUGAACUUAGUUGGAGGCAGCCCUGGGUUCAAAGCUAUAUGAAUCAGCAAGGCAGUUUCAUGGUUAACUUCCUUGCUCUGGAGAGAUAUUCUUGUUGUACAAACAGGGCCUAGGCGCUGUUAGAGGAGUGUUUUUAUUCAUUUUUUUCUUCUUUCUUUCUUUGCUUUUUCCUUUAUUGGUCACUAUAUCUAUUCUUGAAUGCAAAUCAUGGUAGGGCUUCAGGGGUAAUCAAGCUUCAAGUCUGCGAAGUGUGAAUUAACUCAAGUAAAGGGCAGAAUUUUGUAUUAAGUUAUAUUAAUCUUCCUUAUAGACAGGUUAAAUUAUUUUGUGGGUUA